AUGACAAUGAACUCACGGGUCCACUUCCUGAAGCACUUGGAAAAUUGAACAAUAUUACAAGUUUCCGGUUGAAUUCCAAUUAUCUUACUGGUAAAAUUCCACAAAGUUAUUCCCAACUUACUGGACUUGAAACCUUUGAGGUAGCUGGAAAUUAUUUGUCUGGCCCUAUACACGAUUACAUUGCAAACUGGAAGAACCUCAGUUAUCUGAAUCUUCUGGGAAAUAAUUUUGAAGGGAAUCUACCAGAAGGGAUUUUCAAGCUUCCAGAUCUUACGAAAUUGUGGGUUAGUGGCUUAAGGAAUCCUGGUUUUGCUUUCCCCAAACAAGCGGACUUGAUGACGAACAUAAGUUCUUUGGUGCUGAGGAAUUGCUCAAUCAAUGGCACAAUUCCUUCUUAUAUUGCUAAAUGGCCUGAAUUGACGGUUCUUGAUUUGAGUUUCAACAACUUAACUGGUGAAAUCCAAGAGUUUGGUACAGGAACGAUAUUUUUAUCAAGAAAUAAGUUUAAUGGGAAAAUUUCCUCGGUGGAUCAGUAAGCAAUCACCACAGCUUUAUCGACCACUUGAAACUUGAUCUUUCGCACAAUGAUUUCACAAAUAUGCCAAACCAUGAAAAUGGAACACUUCAACCUUCGUCAAAUACGAUUAUCAUUGAGCCAACGAGCGAGUACAUAUCUCAGAAAGCGAAAAAAUGUCAUAAAAAAACUCACUCCCUGUCUAUAAACUGUGGUGGUGACCAAGUGAAGUUUGACAAGCAAAAUUAUGAAAAUGAUACUGCAAUAUCAAACUUUUAUGAAAGUCCUGAUGGAAAUUGGGCUUAUAGCUUUUCUGGAGACUUCAUCACCCCGACGACCAUCACUGCAAAUGGUUACAUAGAGAACUUAACAUGUGGAGUUUCCGUUCCUGAGGGAGACCUAUACGUCAAUGCUCGUGUUGCUCCUAUCUCCCUCACCUAUUAUGCCUUCUGCUUGCGUAAAGGCAAAUACAAUAUCAAGCUCUUUUUCGCUGAAACUUCAUUUUCCAAAAAGGAAGAUCACAGUAUUCUGAGGAAACGCAUUUUUGAUGUACAUAUUCAGGGAAAGGAAGUAUUACAGGAUUUCAACAUACAGAAAGAGGCUAAAGGAGCUAAGUAUAAGAACAUUAUGAAAAGUUUCACGGCUACAAUACCUGACCACAAACCAUUGCAGAUAGACUUCUUCUGGGCUGGUAGGGGAUCUCUAGAUGAUAAUGGACCUCUCGUUUCAGCUAUUUCCAUAACGCGUGCUCCAAGAAAAUUAAAAGCUUGGGAAAUAGUUGCAAUUGCGGCAGCUUGCGUCCUUUUUCUGUUCCUUUUGUUAGCUUUCCUGUGGAGAAUGGGAUGGAUAGGAGACAGAAAGUUGCACAAAACACGUAUAAAGCUUUCGGACGAACAGGCUUAUAGUGUUAAAGAAAUAAUUAAUGCCACUCAAAAGUUCAGCCCAAAAACACAGAUUGGCAAGGAUGGUCGUUUUGGAAUAGUCUACAAGGCUAUACUGCCAAAUUUGACAGUAGCAGUGAAGAAGCUUUUUCCUCAAUCAAAGGCAGCUGCUGAAAUAACAACAGAAGUUUUUGCAUUGUCUAAGUUAGAAAAUCAGAAUCUUGUUAAAUUACUGGGUUCUUAUUCAAAAAGAGGCUUGCAUUUGCUAAUUUAUGAAUAUAUGGAAAAAGGAUCCCUUGAGGAAGUCUUAUUUGAUGCUAAUCGUUCGACACAACUUAGUUGGGAAAAAAGAUACAAAAUAUGUGAACAAAUAGCCCUAGGUUUGGAGUUUUUACAUACAAGGGAGCCGCCCGUGAUCCAUAGAAAUAUCAAGGCCAGUAAUAUUCUGCUUGAUAGAGAUUAUAAUGCUAAAAUCUCAGACUUUGGAUUGGCAAAGCUUUAUGAGGAAGAUGAUCCAUUUAUGUUCACUAAAGAUCCCAGAAAUACACUGAAGUACAUGGCACCUGAGUAUGCAUCUCAGAAGAACAUAACAGUGAAAGUUGAUGUGUAUAGCUUUGGCCUUCUGCUACUUGAAAUCAUUAGUGGGAAAGAGAUUGACAAAAACCUUGGAGAUCCUGACACUAGUAUUUAUCUUUUGGAAAAGGCCGACAAAUGUCGCAAGCAAAAAAUGUACGAACAAUUAAUUGAUGAAACAUUGAAAGAGCGUCCAUCAGGGAGAGUAUCAUCAACAACGCUACAUCAAGCCAUUACCAUCAUUGAGUUGGCAAUGCUGUGCACCGAUUGGCCUUCUAUUCGACCCCCAAUAUCAGAUGUAGUGAGCGUGCUUCAGGGUAAAAUAACCGUUGAGAAUAUGACAAAGGUUUAAUUUCACACUUGGAAUUUAAUUUUGGACUGUAUUUUCAUUUAUUAUUAUGGUGGUGUUUUUUUUUUCUGUUUUUGGAGAGUUUUAUAUGUAUUUUUAAAGAAUGUAACGGUUUGAUUAGAUGGCCUAUUUUGUGAUAUUUUUACUAUUUACUAGUCUAUCUAUAUUUUUAUUUAUUUUCA